UAACAGGAAAAAACACGUAACAGUUUCAUUAAAUCCGUUUUCGUCGCCGCUUAAUUUUCCGCCGAUACGAUUUCUUAAACACUUUAUCGUACACACAAAACGAAAUUCAAAUUUAAUUUACUAGGUUUCCACAAAAAAAAAAAAAUUCCCCUAAAAUCACAGCAGAAAUUUCUUCAGCCAUGGCUGAAUCGGAAUUUACAGUGAAUAUCAAACAAGAAACGACACCGAUUGAUUCGAUUAAAGAAAGAAACGAGGAGAAACAGAAUCUUAGUAACGGAGGAGAUUCAAAAAAAUCUGAUGUUCAAGUAAUUGAUCUUGAUAGCAGUAGUGGUGGUUCUGAUUCAGAUGACGACGACGAUGAUGAAGAUAGUGAUGGAGAUGCUCAGAGGUCUUCUUCUAGGGUUGGCGGUGGUGGUAAUAAUAAGAGGAAGAAGAAGAAAAGAAGGAUUGAUAAUAGAGGGGUAGUAUUACCACUUGGAUUCCUUGAUCCAUUACCUAGUAAAGAUAAAGAUGGUGCUGUUCCGAAACCUCCUGCUACGCCUAAAGAUGUGGUGGUUCCGAAACCUCCUGCUACGCCUAAAGAUUUUGUUGCUUCAAAACCUCCGAAUACUCCGAAAGAGGUUGUUGUGCCGAAACCGAAAGAUGUAGUGAUGGUACAGACAUGUAAACAGUUUUGGAAAGCUGGAGAUUAUGAUGGAGGUGGUGGUGUGGUGGAGGAUCCUUUUGCUUUUUCUACUGGUAUUCUUUUACUCUCUUUAAAUUGUGGCAUGGAUCAUGUGAGGGUACAUCCAAAGUUUCUGCAUUCAAAUGCAACCAGUCAUAAGUGGGCUCUUGGAGCCUUUGCAGAAUUGUUGGAUAAUUCUUUGGACGAGGUCUGUAAUGGUGCUACAUUUGUGAACAUUGAUAUGUUACACAACAUAAAAGAUGGCAGUGAGAUGCUGCUGGUGGAAGAUGACGGCGGAGGAAUGGAUCCGGAUAAAAUGCGGCAAUGCAUGUCUCUUGGAUACUCGGCGAAAAGCAAACUAGCAAAUACUAUAGGACAGUAUGGGAAUGGUUUUAAGACGAGUACCAUGAGACUGGGGGCAGAUGUUAUUGUCUUCUCACGCUGUCGUGGAAAAAAUGGGAAUAGCUCUACUCAAAGCAUUGGAUUGUUAUCCUACACAUUCUUAAGGGGCACAGGCAAGGAAGAUAUUGUGGUUCCGAUGCUUGACUAUGAAAAAGAGGGCCGAGAAUGGAAGGAAUUGAUUCGAUCGUCUUCAAGUGAUUGGAGUAGAAAUGUAGACACCAUUGUGCAAUGGUCACCAUUUGCAAGUGAAGCAGAUCUUUUGAAACAGUUCAAUGGGAUCGGUGAGCAUGGUACACGGUUAAUCAUUUACAAUCUGUGGGAGGAUGAUCAAGGUGAACUGGAGCUUGAUUUUCAAUCCGAUCCACAUGACAUCCAAAUAAGAGGGGUCAACCGAGACGAGAAGAAGAUAGAGAUGGCGAAAAAAUUCCCUAACUCUAGACAUUACCUGACCUAUCGGCACUCAUUAAGGAGCUAUGCAUCUAUUCUCUAUCUCAGAAUUCCACUUCGCUUCCGAAUGGUUCUCCGUGGUAAAGAUAUUGUUCAUCACAAUCUCAUUAAUGAUAUGAUGUUAGCUCAAGAGAUUACUUAUAGGCCACAACCUGGUGCUGACGGGAUGCUGAAGGAUCCUAAUGUGGUUGCAACUGUGACGAUGGGAUUUGUAAAGGACGCUAAAGACCAUAUUGAUGUCCAAGGAUUCAGUGUUUAUCACAAGAACCGCCUUAUCAAGCCAUUUUGGAGGGUUUGGAAUCCCUCAGGAAGUGAUGGUCGUGGAGUCAUAGGUGUACUGGAGGCUAACUUUGUUGAGCCAGCUCAUGAUAAACAAGGGUUUGAGCGUACAACUGUGCUUGCUAGGCUUGAAGCACGACUUGUCCAGAUGCAGAAGACAUACUGGACCACACUCUGUCAUAAAGUUGGAUACUCGUGUCGACGUAACAAGAAGCUUGUAGCAGCUGGAGAUAGUUCGCCUGAUUUUCUUCUUCGGCAAUCAUCCAAAAGUACGAUGGGAUCUACAUCAUGUUGGGAACCUGUUAACGGAAAUGGGAACAUGUACGGUAAAGGUGAGAAUGGAAAGCCAACCAGCAGAUUUCGACCUAGAUCAAGUUCUUCAGAAGAGGAUGACAGUGACUCUGAAAGGCCGCCUGGCAUUCGAAAGAAAACAAAAUACCAGUGGCAAAAGUCGAAGGAUAGGUCAGACAUAAACAGUAGUGAAUCUGAUGUGAUUAUACAACAGUUGGAAGCGGAGAAUAGUGAAUUGAAGAACAGUUUAAGCAAAAUGAAAGAAUCCUUCUUGCGUGAUAUUGACUAUGAAAGGGACAGAGUUAAACAACUAACUACACUAUUAAACGGGAAUGGCCCUACCAACACUGAUCCAGCGACUCUAAGCCGGCUGCGGACGGAGAAUCAUGAACUGCAGGACAGAAUGAAGAAAAUGGAAGCACUGUUCUCUCGUGACUUGCAGUCUGAAAAAGAGAGAUGUAAUUUACUACAGGCUAAAUUAAAGGAGUCGGAGGAAAAGAUUGUAGAAAUGAAUAAAGAACAGGAAGCUUUCAUUGAUAUAUUUGCGGAAGAGAGAUGCCGGCGAGAGAAAGAGGAGGAAAACUUGAGAAGCAAAUUAAAGGAUGCUUCUAACACCAUACAAGAGCUGCUCGAUAAAGUUCGGCAGCUUGAGAAGUGAUAAACUCUCCUGACGGCAGAACUUAAAACCAUUGGUGGUACGGGCAUGAAAAAUAAUGUUUUUCUUCACAAGUGGUAAUGAUCAGUGAUGAAGGUUCUGAAGGACUUUAUAUUACAUUCGGGUAUUCGAACUUCCACAAGAACUGAUCAAACCCGACAUCAGAUGCCUUCCACAAUGUUAUUAUUUAUUCCCCUGUAUUUGCAUUUCUAAUCUAGUUUACACUCUCACUAUGUAACCUAUGUAGCAAAUAUUGUUUAGGGGUAUUUGGUGUUAAUAAUGUAACCUGUGCUGUGUUCCCUAAUUUGGUCUGAAAUAUCUGGUGUACAUUUCAAUGACAUUCAAUUAGUUGAUUCUCAUGUGAUUCAAACGCUUAUUGUCACCUGAAAUUUGGAUUUCUCA